AUGGAUAUCGUGCAGUCCGUGUCGGGCUACAUCACCAAGAUGGUGUCGGCCGGCGACAGCUCCACCGGCUCUCAGCCGGCCAAGAUGAAGAUACUACUGCUCGACAGCGAGACGGUCCCCAUCGUCUCGACCGCCACCACCCAGUCAGCCCUGCUCAGCCAUGAAGUCUACCUCACCGACCGCCUCGACAGCCAGACGCGCGAGAAGAUGCGCCACCUGCGCUGCCUGUGCUUUAUCCGUCCCUCGCCCGAGUCCAUCCAAUUCCUCAUCGACGAGCUGCGCGAGCCCAAGUACGGCGAAUACAACAUCUACUUCAGCAACAUCAUACGCAAGUCCUCGCUCGAGCGCCUAGCCGAGGCCGACGACCAUGAAGUCGUGCGCGCUGUGCACGAGUACUUUGCCGACUACCUGGUCGUCAAUCCCGACCUCAUGUCGCUCAAUCUGCAGCACAGGAUAUGGAGCACCAACCCGGACUUGUGGAACCCGGAUGCCCUGCAGCGUUCUACCGAGGGCAUCAUCGCCCUGCUGCUGUCAAUGAAGAAGCGGCCUUUGAUCCGCUAUCAAAAGGAUAGUCUCCUGGCCAAGAAGCUGGCAACCGAGGUCCGCUAUCAGAUGACCCAGGAGGAGCAAUUGUUCGAUUUUCGCAAGACGGACACCCCUCCCAUCCUGCUCCUCGUGGACAGAAGAGAUGAUCCCGUCACUCCGUUGCUCACCCAGUGGACAUAUCAAGCUAUGGUGCAUGAACUUAUGGGCAUAAAGAACGGCAGGGUUGACCUGAGUGAUGUACCUGACAUUCGGCCUGAGCUCAAGGAAAUCACUUUAUCACAAGAUCAGGACCCAUUCUUCAAGAAGAACAUGUACCUCAACUUUGGAGAUCUUGGCCAGAAUGCCAAGGAUUACGUCGAGCAGUUCGCAUCCAAACAACAAGGCAGCCUCAAAUUGGAGUCCAUCACCGAUAUGAAGCGCUUCGUUGAGGAUUAUCCGGAAUUUCGCAAGUUGUCCGGCAACGUCACCAAGCAUGUCACGCUUGUGGGAGAGUUGAGCCGGCGUGUAGGGGAGGACCACCUUCUGGACGUCAGUGAGCUCGAGCAGAGCUUGGCUUGCAACGAAAACCAUUCCAAUGAUGUCAAGCAUCUACAACAAAUCAUUUCCAAUCCCUCGAUAGCCCCGGACAACAAGCUUCGCCUCACCGCAAUCUAUGCGCUCAGAUACCACAAGCACCCUUCUAAUUCGAUCCCCAUGUUGCUUGAUCUUCUUGCUGUGGCUGGCAACUUGUCUCGCCACCGAAUUGACCUGGUCAACAAGCUCCUACAUUAUCACCAGUCUUUGCAGGUCACCACGUCUGGUGCAGCGGGAAUUCCUGAUUUAUUCCAGUCCGGCUCUCUGUUCAGCAAUGCACAGAACAGGUUCAAGGGCCUCAAGGGUGUGGAAAACGUCUACACCCAGCAUUCGCCAAGAUUGGAGGGCACACUACAAGAUCUGAUCAAAGGCCGUUUGCGCGACCAUCUGUACCCAUUCGUCGAUGGCGGUGGCACCACCAGAGACAAGCCGCAAGAUAUCAUCAUCUUCAUGGUGGGCGGCGCGACGUAUGAGGAAGCGAAGAUGGUUGCGCAGGUCAACGCUAGUUCACCCGGCGUCAGGGUGGUUCUUGGUGGCACUUCGAUACACAACAGUAUGAGUUUUCUGGAAGAGGUUGAGGAUGCUGUUCAGUCUUGGCCUGAGCCUACCCCGGCCACGGCGGCUGGACGGUUGAGAAGAGAAAUUGGGAGAUAA